AUGGCCCUCUUCAUAAGAACCAGCAGCCAUCGUAACACCACUGACCCCAUUCCCUGUGGGGAAAACAACACUACAGAGCCUGACCUGCCACACUCACAUGCCUACUAUGCCCUCUGCUACUGCAUCUUGAUUUUGGCCAUCAUCUUUGGGAAUGUCCUGGUCUGCCUAGCUGUGCUGAGGGAACGAACCUUGCAAACUACAACAAACUACCUUGUGGUGAGCCUGGCAGUGGCUGACUUGCUGGUGGCUACGUUGGUGAUGCCAUGGGUGGUGUACCUGGAGGUGACCGGAGGAGUCUGGACUUUCAGCCGUGUCUGUUGUGAUAUCUUCGUCACCAUGGAUGUGAUGAUGUGCACAGCUAGCAUUUUAAACCUCUGUGCUAUCAGCAUUGACAGAUACACCGCAGUGGUGAAACCAGUUCAGUACCAGUACAGCACUGGGCAGAGCUCCAGAGUCUCUUUGAUGAUUGUGAUAGUCUGGAUGCUGGCCUUCGCAGUGUCAUGCCCUCUCCUCUUUGGCUUCAAUACUACAGGAGAUCCCAGUGUCUGUUCCAUAUCCAACCCUAGUUUCAUCAUCUACUCCUCUUUGGUGUCCUUCUACCUCCCCUUCAUGGUGACCCUGCUGCUCUAUGUCCGGAUUUACCUCGUGCUAAGACAAAGACAAAAGAAGCGAACCCUCACCCGGCAGGGCAGCCACAGCACCAGCACCAAACUGGGUUAUGCACACAAAGAACACAUGGAGUCAAAAGCUUUGCCAAACAGAUGCCAAGGUACCUUUUCCCCCUGUCUCCCACUCAAAUGCUCAGGCCAGAAGAUGUCUACCAAAAGGAAGCUGCUGACUGUCUUUAGCCUGCAGCGAUACUGCAGAUUCUGCCACAAGGCAUCCCUCACCAAUACACCAGGGACUACACAACACAGCAGGCUGGGAGACAGGAGAAAGAGUACAAAGCCAGGACUGGAGGUACGGAGGCUGAGUGAUGGAAGAACCAUCAGCUCUUUGAAGCUACCAGCAGCACACCAGCAGCCCCGUCUGAUCCAGCUUCGGGAGAGGAAGGCUACACAGAUGCUGGCUAUUGUUCUGGGGGCAUUCAUAGUCUGCUGGCUGCCCUUCUUCUUGAUUCACAUCCUCAACGCCCACUGCCCCUCCUGCCACGUGCCCCCUGGGCUUUACAGUGCCAGCACCUGGCUCGGAUAUGUGAACAGUGCCCUCAACCCCAUCAUCUACACGACCUUCAACACCGACUUCCGCAAAGCCUUCCUCAAGAUCCUCUGCUGCUGA